UUCAGUCGAGGUUCACCAGCCAUGCGGGAGGCAGAGUGUUGCCGCAACAUGAGGCUACGGGAGACCGUCUCCAUCUACAUGACCACCCUGCUGGUCAUCGUGGUGAUGCUGGUGCUGUGCUUCAGUCCCACCGCCCCCAAGCCCAGUCCCUUCCCCUACCAAGUACCGCUGGACCCUCAGGGACUGGCCACGCUGAGCUGGAACGUCAGCUAUUCCCAGCAAGCCGUGUAUUUCUGCCUGGCCGUCACGGAACUGAAGUUUGGCAUGCUGUUUGGGAUGUCUGAACGAGGGGACAUGAGGAACGCUGACCUGGCCAUUCUGUGGAGUGACGGCCACAACUCCUACUUCGGGGACGCCUGGACUGAUCAACAGGCUCAGAUUCACUUAGACACACAGCAGGAUUACCAGCUGAUUGAUGCUCACCAAUCUAAGCAAGGAUUUUAUCUCACCUUCAAGAGGCUUUUUAACACUUGUGACAAAAGAGACUACAUCAUUGAUAGUGGAACGGUUCACCUCCUGUACGGGUUCCUGGAGCGACCAACGGCAUCGGUGGAAACGAUAGACUUGCGAUCGGUGCCAAAGGGCAUACAGAGGGUGCAGCUCCUGAAGCCGGACAUCCACCCACCUGCCAUGCCCCCGGAUGUUAAAGUGUUGGAAGUCCUUGCCCCCAACGUGACCAUCCCCGACCAGGAGACCACCUACUGGUGCCACAUCAGCCAUCUUCCUGGCAACCUCCCGCCACAUCACAUUGUCAUGUACGAGCCAGUGAUUACUAAAGGGAAUGAGGCCAUCGUACACCACAUGGAGGUAUUCCAGUGUGCGGCGCUCGUUGACCAGAUCCCAGCUUACAACGGGCCAUGCGACUCUAAGAUGAAGCCUGCAAAGCUGAAUAACUGCAGACAUGUGCUGGCGGCUUGGGCGAUGGGUGCUCAGGCAUUUUAUUACCCAAAAGAUGCAGGAAUUCUUAUCGGUGGAACAGAUUCCUCAAAAUAUUUGCGGCUGGAAGUGCAUUAUCAUAAUCCACUGAAACUUUCUGGACGCUUGGAUCACUCUGGGAUUCGCCUGCUGUACACACCCACCUUAAGGAAAUUCAACGCAGGCAUCAUGGAGCUGGGUCUGGUGUACACUCCCAUCAUGGCCAUCCCACCGGCCGAGCCCAGCUUCGUGCUCACCGGAUACUGCACAGCAAAGUGCACCGAGCACACGCUGCCUCGGUCUGGGAUCCAGAUCUUUGCCUCACAGCUCCACACUCACCUCGCUGGCAUGAAGGUGAAGACUGUCCUUGUCAAGGAUGGCGUUGAGGUGGACAUAGUCAAUGCCGAUGAACAUUUCAGCACUCACUUUCAGGAAAUCCGUAUGCUACAGAAGGAGAUCACCGUGUUACCUGGUGAUGUUUUGAUAACGUCCUGCACGUACAACACAGAAGGCCGGAGCUAUGCGACUGUGGGAGGACUCGGAAUCAACGAGGAGAUGUGCGUGAACUACUUGCACUACUACCCCCUGACACAACUGGAGUUGUGCAAGAGUACAAUGGAUCUCGGUUACUUGCAGAAAUAUUUCGCCUUCAUCAACAGGGUGGAUGAUGGCAGCAUCUGCACCUGUCCCCAGGUGCCUGUAACACAACAGUACCACGAGGUGACCUGGGACCCCCUGAGUCGCCGAGUGCUGAAGGCUUUGUAUGAUUCUGCUCCCAUCUCAAUGCACUGCACCAACUCUUCUGGUGUGAGAGUCCCGGGUAACUGGGACAAGCAGCCUCUCCCACGAGUGACCAGAGAGCUGCGGGGGACCCCAGAUCGGUGCGGGGGAGCAAGUCGGCCUGAGCCAGGAGCGCCGACCGUUGUUGAUUUCACCGCUGGCAAGGUACCGAGGCAGUGAGGUGUGGACCCGGCCAGGGCCUGGCCCUCGUACCCGGCCCUGGGGUCACCCGAUCCAUGGGGAGCAGAACCCGAGAGGAGCGAGCGGCUGGCCCGGUGACACUAAGCCGAUAAUUCCUCCCUCAUGUCUCGCCUGUAAGGGGCUCGCAUGCAACCAUGUCCCAUCACCAUUGUACACUGCCUGUUGACUGAACCAGACCAACAUCCACUUCCAAUUAAACUGUAAACUCUUUUCAUUCAG